ACGAGCCUUCGCGGCUGUGCUGCAGGCCUGAUUAUCAGGCAGAAAAUCCGUUGCUCCUGCUCAAAAGGCUUCGACACACUGGUCGCAGAAAUUUACGACGUGCUAUCCACUCCGUGCGUAAGGAAUAAUCACUCAGAACCUGGCUUUUCCUUCGAGACGUGAAGCAAAUUUAUCCGCACAGAAGAUUGCACGGGUGCUGUACCGAAACUUUGAUUUACCCGGGCAUCACGACGUGGUAUAAUGUCUAUGGCAGCCCUACCUGCUCUUCGCGAAGUCUCCAUUCAAGAGCUUCUCGUAAGCGACCUGCCAUCAAAAAGAAUACAUACAGACUAUGAUGUGGAACGCUGGAAAUCAACUCGCGGAUACCGGGACUAUGGCUUGUUCCUCCGGCGCCUUAACGAAUCUGUUGUGGGUUACACCUUGCCCUGGAUUGAGCCAAUGUCUGAAGCGACAGCAUUGAUGAUCUCUACACUGGAUAUGCUAGACCGUUGGAUCGAUGAGAUCCCUCCUCUACCCACUCCGCAGCGAUUUGGUAACCUUGCGUUUCGUUCUUGGGGCAGACGCUUGGAAACCGAAGCCGAUACUCUUCUGACCUCGUUACUCCCCGCACAGCUACACCCAGCCAUACCAUAUGUGGUACCGUACUUCCUUACGUCCUUCGGUUCGUUUAUCCGCAUGGAUUACGGAUCGGGUCACGAAGCGUCCUUCGCGCUGCUUCUAUUGUGCCUUACGCUAAUUCGCUUCUUCUUGCCUGAACCGAUUUACGAGCGGGAACUCGUGCUCUGUGUGUUCGUCCGCUAUCUGCGUCUCUGUUGGCGUUUGCAAGACGUCUAUAAUCUGGAACCAGCCGGAAGUCAUGGUGUCUGGGGCUUAGACGAUUCGCACUUCCUUGGCUACAUAUUCGGCAGUGGGCAGUUGCGAGAUCAGACUGAAAUUCCUGUCUCAGCCGUACUGCGCUCACCUCUGCCGGCGACCAACUUAUACUUCAUGCAGAUCAUGCGUAUCCAUGAGGUGAAGCAUGGUCCCUUCCAUGAACAUUCAUCUCAGCUUCAUUCUAUCGCUGUCGGAGUUGCUUCCUGGGCCAAGGUAAAUUCAGGGUUAUUCAAGAUGUACGAGGCAGAAGUGCUGGGCAAGCGCGUCGUGGUACAGCACUUACCUCUAGGGGGUCUGCUCGAUUGGGACACGGUUGUCGCUUCUCACGUCCCACACUCGCAAGAACAAGCGACUUCCUCUUCAUCAUCCCACGCUUCCCUUGGAGGGCGUACACCAACUGCUCGGCAUUCAUCUAUAGUAGAUCCAGCAGCUAACAUGGCAAGUAUCACACCGUUUCCGAGUCACUCCACUUCGGUCGCAACCAGGUAUUCAGAUCCCUAUCCACACCACAAUAGGCCAGAUGCCUGUGGGUCCAUAGUGCCGUCCCGUAUGCCCUUAGGACCGACCGCUAGCACGAGUUUGCGGCCGCGUUCAGGUCCAAGUCAUAUGGGUCCUCCCACUACGGCCAGCACCACUACUGUUACUAGCGAUAGUGCCGCUCUCAGUCGAAGAGAUCAUCAUGAUAACGGUAACGAAGUCGGUGGAAAAGCAUGAUGAUAUACGGAGCUUGCGAUAGAUGCAUGCUUCGCACUGUAUAGUAACCGUUAGCACAAAUCUCGUGUACUAUGUAGCGACCAGUAUGUGAUUUGCGCUUUCGAGC